UAGGGAUUCGUGUCAUCAUAUAAGACGAAAUUAUCAAAUAGAUUCACCAAUAAUUAUAAAAAUUAUGAAAACGAAAGGAAUUGGUUUUGAAAAUGAAGCAGGGAGUCCUAAACGAAUAACUUGGACAAUGAUCAAGCAAACAAAUGAAUGGAAUGCACAGAUCGAAAAAAAAAAAACAAUUAAGCGAAGAGUUUGAAAAAAUAAAAAAGAAUUUACUAGCUUUGUACGAAGAGAACCAGAAUGGACCAGAAGAUGAGAGAUUAGAUAAAGAAGAAUUUUAUAUAGAUGAUGAUGAAUAUAGAUUAUGGUUUGACCAAAAUUAUGGAGUUGAACGUGACGAGUACGAAGCCAGAAUGAUAAGUGAUACAAAUAUUUGUAAAAUGAAAAAGGAAAAUAUAAUUAAAGAACAUUGGGAUCCUCUAAUUGCUAAACCAAAAUCUAUACAUUGUAUCAAAGAUUUAUAUAAGGUAAAUAAUUAUUCAAUUAGUAAAGAAGACCAAGAAAUUAUCAAUAAAUCAACUCGGAUAAUAAAUAAGAGAUCUUUGUCUAACUUACUAUCAUUCGAAGAAAAAUAUAAAGGAUCAAUAAGUCAUGAGUUAAUAGAAACUAUUGAGUGUUUAUAUUCUCAGUACGAUUAUUAUAAAUUGGAUAUAGCUGAAGAUGAAAUGAUUUUACUUGAAUUCAUAAUCAGCAAAUUGAAGCUCAAAUUCAAUUCAUUAUUUGAUGAUUUGUUCGUCGAUAAACAACAAAUACUAGAUAAAUUGAAUGGAUUUAAUAAUAGAUUGCGUGUGAUUGAAAUCGAAUUGAGAUUAGCGUGCAAAAUUGAAUCGACUGCACCUUCGCCGGUAGAAUAUAAGUGGAGUCAAUAUGAACAAACUGAGAGACUUUUAUACGUCGAAGAUAAUAAAGUUGCUAUGAAAUUUAAUAACUUAUUACUUAACGAAAAAAAAUCGACUCAUUCGAAUGAAGAUAACAACGAACAAUCACAAAAAGUCGAAAAAUUCAGGAAGCAGGCACUUAUUCAUAUGAUGGAUGGCGUAUUACAGAAAAUAUGGGAAGAUGAGUUAAAAAAAGAUAUACCAAAACCUCAUUGCAUGUUGAAUAAAAAGCCUGAAGAUUAUACGGUAGGUGAUUUAAAAUUAAUAAUUAAGUAUGAAGAAGCAGUAGUGGCUUUAAACAAUGAUAGAAUGAAGUACAAAACUAUUCUUGAACAAGAAAAGAUUGAAAUUGAUCGGAAUAUUAAAAAAAGCAUAAAAGAAUUGGAUAAAAAUAUAAAAAAUCUUUUUGAAAUUAAGAUUAAAUACGAUUCAGCCAUCAACCAGGAGUAUUUAAAAAUUAUUAGAAUUUCAAAAAUAUUAAAUGACAGCGAUCAAAGAAAACAACAAAUCAAAUUACUCGAACGAAAUUGUUUGGAAAAUGAAAAUACUCUUACGGAAUUAAAAAAAAAAAUCACAAAAAUACAAGAAAAUAUUUACGAUGUGAAUACGAUCUUAAGUACGUUGAUGAAUACUGAUCGAGAACUCCGAAAUAAAUUUGAAUCCAAGUUCCAUAAAACGACAUUAAUUGCUUACAAUUUAAGGCCUAAAAUGUUAGGCAAUACAAAUUAUUCAUCAUUAGUUGGCUAUCAGUUUGUUGAUACUAUAAUGGAUCCAACAUAUGAUAAACUAGAUCUUUUGAGUUCACCAUUUAUUAAAUAUUUGAAUACACUUAAGAUGAAUGACGACUAUAAAUAUGUAACUAAUAAAAAACUGCGUAUGAAUAGUAAAACAUGGCAAAGACUUUGCUAUUAUAGACGUUUAAAAAUUAAAAACGAAUUUAAAAUCAUAAAUUGUCAAAAAGACUUGAUAAACGAGACUAAUUUUUUAAAAAAUCUAAAACAACAUGUAAAAAACCAUACAGUUAUGAUGAAGAUGUUAAAAACUUCUAUCACUCAACUGAAAAAUCAAGAUUUUCGUUAUAAAGAUGAACUUGAGGUACAACUGAUUGUGAAAAAAGGAAACACAGAAGAAAUUAAACUUACAGGACAUAUCGAGGAUUUUGAUGAUGUUUUACUUAUACAUAAAAAUGUUUGUUUAGAGCGGAAGAAUGAAGUUGAAAAACAAAAAUCGAUUAAAGCGAGUGAACACUCUCAUUUAUUUGAAAUGAAACGUAAAUGUCAAAUAAUAAAGUCGGAUAUUAAUAUUCAAAAGCUGAAAAUAAUAUUGUAUAAGUAUCGUUGUGAAUUUAUUAAACAUAUGACACUUACCAAGAAUAUAUUGGACUAUCAAGAGCUGAAGGCAAAAGGUAUGGUUAAAAAUGCCGAACAAAAAGUUAAAGAAAGAGCGGAAAUUGAAUUCGCGUAUAAUAAACAAAAAACUAAUUUAAAGGAACGUCAAAUAAAAUUGACCGAGGAGAUAAAAAAAUUCACAAAAGAAAAUAAAAAACUCGAUGAAACAAUUAGUGCUGAACGGAAAAAAAUGCAUCAUAUUUCAAAUCAAGGAAUCAUUAAGGAAAUUGGUUGUGCCAGGAAAAUCGAGGAUAUUGAACAUAGUGCGAUGAUUACCAAAAUACAGACGCUAUGUGAAGAUAUUGUUGUUUUGGAGACCCAAUUGGAAUCGUUGCAAUUAAAAGUAUUUUCAGAAUCACAGUCAUAACCAUCUAUGAGUUUCCAUAAAUGAGAAAUUGGGCUGGAAAAUAUGCAUUGAUUAGAAGUUUUCUUGUAUUCAUGUUUUUAUAAAUUGAAUUUAAAUAAACAUACCUAAUUUAAUUAUUUAUAAAAAUAUUUUGAUAACUCGAAGACAUUUUUUUUUCAUAGACAUGCAUGUUACUGAGAAUACAUUGUGUAUAGAUCUAUACAUUUUAAAAUAAUUGCUAAUUAAGAUUAAUAUUUUAUUAUUACCUUAUAUUUACCGCAUGGUUUAUGGAAUAAAUAAUGGAAUAAUAAUGGAAUAUUUGCUGGUAGUGGAUAUUAAUACACUUUUUUGGCAUACGUAUCCUAUUAUUCAUAAUCGAUUAUGGACGGUGAUUUCGUAACAAAUACGAUCAGGCGUACAGUUAUGCUCAAAAAUUGCAGACAUAAUGGUCAGUUUUAAUUAUAAUCCUUUUUUCAUUGUUAUGUUGAUGGUUUAAUAUUGGUAUGAGUAUAAGAACAGCUACAAAAGAUUAUAUCAUAUAUUAUUAUGAUAUUGAUUUUGUGGUAUUUAAUUUUGUUUUUCAAUCAUUCGGUCGUACAAAGAUAAUUAUUUCGAUACAUACUUAUGUGUUGCAAUUAAUAAUAAUAUGUACGUAUAUGUAUACACUAAUACAGGCGCUCAGUUAUAUAUAUAUAUAUACAUUAAUU